AUGGAUCUAGAGGACGUAGGGGAGCUGAAAUACUCUUGCAAAGAAGGGCCUGUCAUCAGCACUGUCGCCCCAAGCCAUAUCCGGGAGCUUUUGAUCUCCCGAACACCCUACACGUGGUCUACUGCUGGCGAGCUUGGUAUCGCAGCGGUAAAAAGGCAGUUGGAGGUUUAUGAAGAGUCUCUUAAGGAUGUAGAGGAUCAGAAAAAGCUUUCCGCGGAUGCAUCGCUGUUUGAUGCAGUGGCCACGAAAAUCGCAACGUCCCUCAAUGUUGACCCGUCGGAUGACAUCAAAGCUAUUAUGUCCCUUCCACAAUCUGUACUGCGUAGGGCCGUAGGAAGAUGGGAUAAGUUGCCAUAUCACGCCUUCUGCAUUGCGAGGCGGUCUGCUGAGGGCGCAGUGGAUGGAGGUCUAACUGAGCGGCUUGACGCUGAGGCUGGGGGGGCGCUUAGCUCCGACGUUGAUGAAUGGAUCCUCCGCAACGAGGCAUGGCUGAGAAAUAGUCAGGAACCCAAAGACUGGUCGCGAGGGCUCGUUCGAUUCUCUCAGCACGCAAAUGCUGUCUUUCAGGAUUCUACUCUCUCUGUUAAUGCAAGGGUGCUCAGUCGUUCUUCGAUGAGUGGCUAUAAGAUUUUAGACAGGAAUCGAGCGUCCUCGAUAAAGAUCCAGCCAAAUAUUGGCGCCUUUGCUAGCGUCUUCAGUGUACUCAGUGAUGGUCUUUUGAAAGGCGUGGACUGGAAUAAUGUCUUUGCUGCAGGAGGAAUCGCUCUCUCCUCGCUGCUCUGCACAGAUGUCAAAGCGGACGCUCUCAUUUUUAAGAACUCCGACAUAGAUCUCUAUAUUCAUGGGCUCGGGCCAACUGAGGCUAACAAGAAAAUUCAGCACAUCUAUGACGUCUGGAAGUCAAACUUGCCCAAGGACGCUGAUUCCAGGGUUGCACGGAACUCACGAACGAUCACCCUCUUUGGGCCUUAUCCUACGCGGCGAAUCCAAAUUGUCUUGAAGUUGGUUCGAGAUCCGAAAGAGAUCCUUCUGAAUUUCGACCUCGAUAUCUGUUCCAUGGGAUGGGACGGAAAAGAGCUCUAUCUUCUUCCACGAGCCGCUCGCGCCCUUCAGACGGGUUACAAUGUCUUUACGAUGAAUCUUAUUAAUGGACAUUACCUGGGAGAGCGAAGGGCAAGUCAAGAAGAGAGGUAUUCCAUUUUAGUCGCCGACGUUAACACUGUUUUGAUUCUCUUUAGGGUUUUCAAAUAUGCGGACAGAGGUUAUGGGAUCCGUUUUCUCCCCAGCUACGUUGAUUCACUCCCCAGGGACGAGCAGGCUCUCGACGUGUUGAGUCUUGGCCAAGAAAUGCAGCAUACGGACAUGAACAGGAUCUCAAGAAAUUCGGAGUGUUGGAUUACCAAGCUCUUAAAUAUUCGAUUCUUCAACGGGAAUCCACUGGACUUAAAGGGGCCGAAACCGGCGUUGUCUCAUGCCUCUAUUUCUGAAAUUUCAUGGAAUUCCACAGAUACACAAGGUCGAAGUUGCUUGUCCAGCUUUGAGCGCCUCAUGCGGCACGUCUGGCUCUGGGGGCGCGCUCUCGACAACACAACAUUCGCCUCCGUCGAUUACACAGAAAAUUCCAGUCCUGUGGGAUACGAUGAAACCCCCCAUUAUGCCUGGAAUGAGAAGUUCAAGUUUGCUGAUUUCGAGUCCGCUAUUUUUCAUGUGAACGAAAAGGAGCUAGACCAACUUGAAAACAAUAUGUCAGAAUGCGGGUACCCGACGAGAUGGAAUGGCCUCCACCCACGCGCAGGCUCGAGAUUCGAGGAGAUAGUUGUGGAUGCAAACAAGGUUGGACGCAUGGUAAUCGGAAAAUCAUUGGAGAAGGUCCUGGGCUCCGAGGGAGACUUUCUUAUCCCUCUGUGGCUCCCAGAGGAUUUCGUCUCCUUUGCUAAUGAAACAAUUAAGAACUCUCUGGCCGCUCAUCACUUGCCGGUGGACAUUGAACCACUAUGUCUCAUAUCAAACCAACCUCUUCAGGACACCGAUGCGUCCGGAAAUCUGAGGCCGUACUACUGGCAUAUUGACCGAGUGUGUGCAUGGCAAAAGAUAGAUCGGCGAAUCGACGAAAUAUUUGAAGUCCUUUGGGCGUUCCAUUCCGCCAAUGCCACGCUCGCUGCAUUACCGGAAGAACGGAUGUUGUCCUUCAUUACCCAGCUUUCUAAGAGAGCCAUCCGGAAAGGUCCGGAUGAUGAGAUGGCCAGCUUUGCUCGCUGGGUUGGGCGAGUCCCAGGUCAAAUGCGCUUCUCAUACUCUGACAACUGGUACAAUAUGGAAUAUAAUGAUGAAGAUGACGAAUGGGCAUGGUGA